UGCUAGUCGGCAUUUGGCGCGUGCAGUUCACUUCACUCGGUCGAAAAUUCCCGCAGCCGUUUAAUAACAAAUAACGUUCUAAAAUUAAACAUUUCGCGGGGGCACUGAGAGAAAAUAUCUGUGAAAUCGCUUGCCUUUCGGUAAAGCAAACAAGGAGAACUGAGCAUCUAUUCAAACUCUGUGUGAGCCCCGGCGAUAUGUAAGCCGGAUUGGAGCGCAGUGUUUUAGGGACCACACUUGGUGAUAGCCGCCGUACAGCUGCUGGAUAGUGAUAAGCUAGUGGCUCGAACUUCCGCCCGUGGAAGGGCCUUAUCGUCGCGGCUUGCCUCGCCUUGAACUGUUCUUGAAAUAAUAUCCAUUUGGUGAGAAGUGCGUGAGUUUUGACUGCCCCAAAAUGCGAGCUCAACUGCUCCUGCUGCAGCUGCUCGGCGUGGUCCUCCUCUCGGGAGGAGCCCAGGCCGCCUACUGUCCCGCCGGAUGCACCUGCGUGGAGCGAACCGUGCGCUGCAUCCGCGCCAAACUCACCGCCGUGCCCAAAGUGCCCCAGGAUACCCAGAUACUAGAUUUGCGUUUCAAUCACAUCGAGGAGCUGCCGGCCAACGCGCUCAGUGGUCUCGCCCAGCUGACGACGCUCUUCCUGAACGAGAACGAGCUGGCUUACCUGCAGGAUGGGGCUCUCAACGGACUCCCGGCGCUGAGGUUCCUGUAUCUGAACAAUAAUCGGCUAAGCCGCUUACCGGCGGCCAUCUUCCAGCGAAUGCCACGCCUGGAGGCGAUUUUCCUGGAGAACAAUGACAUUUGGCAGCUGCCCGCCGGGCUCUUUGACAACUUGCCGCGUCUGAACCGCCUGUUCGUGUACAACAACAAGCUGACCCAACUGCCCGUGGAUGGUUUUAACCGGCUGAACAACUUGAAGCGCCUGCGACUGGAUGGCAAUGCCAUCGACUGCAACUGUGGAGUCUAUUCGCUCUGGCGCCGCUGGCACCUGGAUGUCCAGCGCCAAUUGGUGACCAUCUCGCUCACCUGCUCCACUCCCCAGGUGCUCCAAAACCAGGGACUCUCCAGCCUGACCGAGCAUCACUUUAAAUGUGCGAAGCCGCAGUUCCUGGUGGCACCCCAAGACGCCCAGGCCUUUGCCGGGGAGCAGGUGGAGCUGAGCUGCGAGGUCAGCGGCCAGCCACGCCCCCAGAUCACGUGGAUGCACAACACCCAGGAGGUGGGCGGCGGCAACAGCGGCGGCGAGGAGGAGCAGCAGGCGAGGGCGCAGAUCCUGCCCAGCGGCAGCCUGCUCAUCCGCAGUGUGGAGGCCAGCGACAUGGGCAUCUAUCAGUGCAUUGCUCGCAACGAGAUGGACGAGCUGCGCUCCCAGCCUGUCCGCCUGGUAGUUAAUGGCGCUGACCACCCACUCGACUCCCCCAUCGAUGCCCGCAGCAAUCAGGUGUGGGCGGAUGCUGGAACAGCCACGCCAUCGCCAUCGCCACCGCACUUUACCCACCAGCCGCAUGACCAAAUUGUGGCCCUCCAUGGCUCCGGACACGUGCUCCUCGAUUGCGCCGCCUCCGGCUGGCCACAGCCGGACAUACAAUGGUUCGUCAAUGGCCGCCAACUCUCGCAGUCGACACCCAGCCUCCAACUCCAGGCCAAUGGCAGCCUCAUCCUGCUGCAGCCCACCCAACUCUCGGCCGGCACGUAUCGCUGCGAGGCUCGCAACUCUUUGGGCAGCGUCCAGGCCACCGCCCGCAUCGAGCUGAAGGAAUUGCCCGAAAUUUUAACGGCCCCGCAAAGCCAAACAAUCAAACUGGGCAAGGCCUUUGUGCUGGAGUGCGAUGCCGACGGCAAUCCGCUGCCCACCAUCGACUGGGAGUUCAAUGGAGUCCUCCUGACGGAAAAUACCCCCGAUUUGCAGCUGGAGAACGAGAACACCGAACUGGUGGUGAGCUCGGCCCGCCAGGAGCAUGCCGGUGUCUAUCGCUGCAUUGCGCGCAAUGAAAACGGAGAGACGAGCUUGGAGGCCACCAUCAAAGUGGAACGCUCGCAAUCGCCGCCGCAUCUCGCCAUCGAGCCGAGCAAUUUGGCGGCCAUUACGGGCACCACCAUCGAGCUGCCCUGCCAGGCCGACCAGCCCGAGGACGGACUGCAGAUUUCUUGGCGUCACGAUGGCCGGCUCAUUGAUCCGAAUGUGCAGCUGACGGAGAAAUAUCAAAUAAGCGGCGCCGGCAGUCUCUUCGUCAAGAAUGUGACCAUUCCCGACGGCGGGCGGUACGAGUGCCAGCUGAAAAAUCAGUUUGGCCGCGUCUCCGCCUCCGCCCUGGUUACCAUCAGAAACAACUUGGAUUUGGCUCCUGGAGAUCGUUAUGUGCGCAUUGCCUUCGAGGAGGCCGCCAAGGAAAUUGACCUGGCCAUUAACAACACCCUGGACAUGCUCUUCUCCAACCGAUCCGACAAAGCUCCCCCCAACUAUGGUGAACUGCUGCGCGUUUUCCGCUUUCCCACUGGCCAAGCCAGGCAAUUGGCACGCGCUGCGGAGAUCUACGAAAGAACUUUGGUGAAUAUCCGUAAGCACGUACAGGAGGGCGACAAUCUGACCAUGAAGAGCGAGGAGUACGAGUUCAGGGAUCUGCUGUCCCGGGAGCAUCUGCAUCUGGUGGCUGAGCUGUCCGGAUGCAUGGAACACCGUGAGAUGCCAAACUGCACGGACAUGUGCUUCCAUUCGCGGUACCGCAGUAUCGAUGGCACCUGCAACAACCUGCAGCAUCCCACCUGGGGAGCUUCACUCACUGCCUUCCGGAGAUUGGCGCCACCCAUUUACGAGAAUGGUUUCAGCAUGCCCGUGGGCUGGACCAAGGGAAUGUUGUAUUCCGGCCACGCGAAGCCCAGUGCACGAUUGGUUUCCACUUCCUUGGUGGCCACCAAGGAGAUCACACCGGAUGCCAGGAUCACGCACAUGGUGAUGCAGUGGGGCCAGUUCCUCGAUCACGAUCUGGAUCAUGCCAUACCGUCGGUGAGUUCGGAGAGCUGGGACGGCAUCGACUGCAAGAAGAGCUGCGAGAUGGCCCCACCCUGCUAUCCCAUCGAGGUGCCCCCGAAUGAUCCGCGUGUCCGGAAUCGCCGUUGCAUCGAUGUGGUGCGAUCCAGUGCCAUCUGUGGGUCCGGCAUGACCUCCCUCUUCUUCGACAGCGUUCAGCAUCGCGAGCAGAUCAAUCAGCUGACCUCGUAUAUAGAUGCCUCACAGGUCUAUGGCUACAGUACUCCCUUUGCCCAGGAGCUGAGGAAUCUCUCGGCCCAGGAGGGCCUUCUUCGGGUGGGCGUUCACUUCCCCAGGCAGAAGGACAUGCUGCCCUUCGCUGCCCCGCAGGACGGCAUGGAUUGCAGGAGGAAUCUCGAUGAGAACACCAUGAGUUGCUUCGUUUCCGGAGAUAUCCGUGUGAAUGAACAGGUGGGUCUGCUGGCCAUGCACACCAUUUGGAUGAGGGAGCACAAUAGGAUAGCCAGGAAACUUAAGGAAAUCAAUGCCCAUUGGGAUGGUGAUACCCUGUACCAGGAGUCGCGCAAGAUAGUGGGCGCCCAGAUGCAGCACAUCACCUUCAAGCAGUGGCUGCCCCUGAUCAUUGGUGAAAGUGGCAUGGCCAUGAUGGGCGAGUACAAGGGCUACGAUCCGCAAGUGAAUCCCAGUAUAGCCAAUGAGUUUGCCACGGCAGCCCUGCGAUUUGGACACACCAUCAUUAAUCCCAUACUGCACCGCUUGAACGAGACCUUCCAGCCAAUACCCCAGGGUCACCUGCUCCUCCACAAGGCCUUCUUUGCCCCCUGGCGUUUGGCCUACGAGGGUGGCGUGGAUCCCCUGAUGAGGGGCUUUCUGGCCGUACCCGCCAAGCUGAAGACGCCCGAUCAGAACCUCAAUACGGAGCUCACCGAGAAGCUAUUCCAAACUGCCCAUGCCGUGGCGCUGGAUCUGGCUGCCAUCAAUAUCCAGAGGGGCAGGGAUCACGGCAUGCCUGGCUAUAAUGUCUACAGGAAGUUGUGUAAUCUCACCGUGGCCCAGGACUUUGAGGACCUGGCUGGGGAGAUAAGUAACGCCGAGAUACGUCAGAAGAUGAAGGAUCUGUAUGGCCAUCCCGAUAACGUGGACGUCUGGCUGGGCGGCAUCCUGGAGGAUCAGGUGGAGGGCGGCAAGGUGGGUCCGCUCUUCCAGUGCCUGUUGGUGGAGCAAUUCAAGCGGCUCCGCGAUGGCGAUCGCUUGUACUACGAGAAUCCUGGCGUCUUUACACCCGAGCAGUUAGUCCAAGUCAAGCAGGCCAACUUCGGCCGUGUGCUCUGCGAUGUGGGUGAUAACUUCGACGAGGUCACCGAGAACGUAUUCAUUCUGGCCAAGCACCAGGGUGGCUACAAGAAGUGCGAGGACAUCGCCGGCAUCAAUCUCUACCUGUGGCAGGAAUGCGGCAGGUGUGAGAACAGUCAACCAGCCAUCUUCGAUUCCUACGUGCCCCAAACCUACACAAAGAGGAGUAGCCGCCAGAAGAGAGAGCUGCAUCGAGCGGACGACGAGGUGGCCCCCGCCGAGAGCUAUGACAGUCCCCUGGAGUCGCUCUACGAUGUGAACGAGGAGAGGGUUAGCGGGCUGGAGGAGCUGAUUGGCAGCUUCCAGAAGGAGCUCAAGAAGCUGCACAAGAAACUGCGAAAGGUGGAGGAAUCCUGCAAUGGCGUUGACUCCGAACCGGUGGCUCAGGUGGUUCAACUGGCGCCAGCGGCAGCACCACCGGCCUUCAAGCCCAAGAGGAGCCACUGCGUCGACGACAAGGGCACCACGCGGCUGAACAACGAGGUCUGGUCGCCGGACGUGUGCACCAAGUGCAACUGCUUCCACGGCCAGGUCAACUGUCUGCGGGAGCGGUGUGGCGAGGUCAGCUGUCCGCCGGGAGUGGACCCACUGACGCCUCCGGAGGCCUGCUGCCCCCACUGCCCCCCGCAGGUCAAGUGAAGACCCAGCCGAAGAAUUACGCAUAUCGAUGUACACGUUUAUCCGUAGUAGCCACACUCACUCUAAUCAAAACAAAAAACAAAAAAAAACACCGGCAAUUGCGCAAUGAGCAUGUUUAAUUGACAAUUAACUAACAAUGUACUGCUACACAUGUAAUAAAAUAAAGCACAUUAAUAUUCCAUAAAUAAAAA